UAUGACUCCUUAUCAGAGUUCAGUAUAUUGUGGCUCCGCGUGCAAUAAUAAUGGUUUAUCUAUUAAAUUCCUGGUAGGCAGCUCACUGAGCAAACACUGCGCCCAAACUCAGGAGAAGAGACGUGACUGUCGUGUCUGUCUCCACACCACCAUGGGUCAUAUGCUAUCYAAGCGACCGCAGGCCCAGGUUCUCCUCCUCGGUCUGGACAACGCCGGGAAGUCGACGCUCCUCUACAAAAUAAAGCACAACGUGAGCGUCAGCACCGUGCCGACCAUCGGCUUCAACGUGGAAACGCUGGAGGCCCGGAGGAACGGGAAGCGCAUCGCCGUGACCCUGUGGGACGUGGGGGGCCAGGCGACGAUGCGCGAGCACUGGCAGAAGUACCACCAGAACGUAGCGGCCGUGGUGUUCGUGGUGGACGCCUCGGACCGGCGGCGCUUGAGGGAGGCGCGCGGGGAGCUGGGGAGGACGCUCGGGAGCGAGCAGCUGCGCGGCUGCCCGCUCGUCCUGCUCGCGAACAAGCAGGACGUGAGCGGCGCGUUGACCGUCACCGAGCUGAAGGACAAGUUCAACCUGAGGAAGGUGUGCUCCGGGAGGGACUGGUUCGUUCAGCCCUGCUCCGCGAAGACCGGGGUUGGAGUCGACGAGGCCUUUAAGAAAGUGGUCCAAAUGGUCAAACUCCCCUCGGAGGCUGUGAAGGACAAUAUCAAAGAAACGGUGCACUGCCUUCGACAGACCAGCAGACAAUGAGCUUCAUUUAUUUGUAGACACAUUAUAGACACUUCUGUGAUGGACUCCGACCUGUCCAGGGUGUACCCCGCCCCUCGCACUGUGACUACUGCUGGA